GGGCUGAGAGCAGGACAGUGCUGGGCAGGUGGGCAGGAGCUCCCAGGUUGGCACCAUGAGCACCUCAGGCCCAGAAGCUGCCCCCAAACCAAGUGCCAAGUCUAUCUAUGAGCAGAGGAAACGUUACUCCACUGUGGUUAUGGCUGAUGUAUCACAGUAUCAUGUCAAUCAUCUGGUGACUUUCUGCCUGGGCGAGGAGGAUGGUGUGCACACGGUGGAGGAUGCCUCCAGGAAGCUGGCCCUCAUGGACAGCCAGGGCCGCGUCUGGGCGCAGGAGAUGCUGCUUCGCGUGUCCCCCGACCGUGUGACACUGCUUGACCCUGUCGCCAAGGAGGAGCUGGAGUCGUACCCGCUGGGCGCCAUCGUGCGCUGCGACGCAGUGGUGCCGCCAGGCCGGAGCCGGUCGCUGCUGCUCCUGGUGUGCCAGGAGCCAGAGCGUGCGCAGCCGGACGUGCACUUCUUCCAGGGCCUGGGCCUCGGAGCGGAGCUGAUCCGAGAAGACAUCCAGGGUGCCCUACACAACCACCGUUCUGGCCGUGGGGAUCGCAGGGCAGCGGCGCUCAGGGCCACCCAGGAGGAACUGCUGCGCGGGCCCCGGCCGGCCGCCGAGACCCCACCCCUGCAGCGCCGUCCUUCCGUGCGCGCUGUGAUCAGUGCGGUAGAGCUGGCCCUGGACCGCGGGAGACCCCAGGUGGACCCUGUCCCCGAGGUGGAGGAGACGGGGAGGCCCAGCCGGGCGUCCACGGCGAGCCGCGCUGACCCGGUCUCCCCGGACCUGGGUCCCCGAGGUCCAGAGCUGGCCAAUCUGCAGGCCGAGCGAGACGUGGACAUCUUGAACCACGUGUUCGACGACGUGGAAAGCUUCGUGUCCAGGCUGCAGAAGUCAGCCGAGGCCUCUCGUGUUUUGGAGCACCGAGAGCGAGGCCGUCGGACCCGGCGCCGGGCAGCUGGGGAGGGCCUGCUGACGCUGCGGGCCAAGCCGCCCUCCGAGGCCGAGUACACAGACGUGCUCCAGAAGAUCAAGUACGCCUUCAGCCUGCUGGCCCGGCUGCGCGGCAACAUCGCCAACCCCUCCUCCCCGGAGCUUCUGCAUUUUCUGUUCGGGCCGCUGCAGAUGAUUGUGAACACCUCGGGAGGCCCUGAGUUCGCGAGCAGCGUGCGGCGGCCGCACCUGACGUCCGAGGCCGUGGCGCUGCUGCGGGACAACGUCACUCCGCGUGAGAGCCAGCUGUGGAACUCGCUGGGGGACUCGUGGACCCGCCCAGGGCUGGAGCUGCCCCCAGAGGAAGGAACUCCAUACAGCCCCGAGUUCUACAGCGGCUGGGAGCCCCCCGCCACUGACCCACAGGGCCGUGCCUGGGAGGACCCAGUGGAGAAACAGCUACAACACGAGCGGCGGCGCCAGCAGCAAAGCGCCCCGCAGGUCGCUGUCAAUGGUCACCAAGAUCCAGAGCUGGAAGCUGAGCCACAGCCGGAACCGGAGCCGGCCAGAAAGUGGGUCCUGUGUAAUUAUGACUUCCAGGCUCGAAAUAGCAGUGAGCUCUCAGUCAAGCAUCGGGAUGUAUUGGAGAUCCUGGAUGACAAGCGCAAGUGGUGGAAGGCUCGGGACCAACAGGGUCAGGAGGGGUAUGUUCCCUACAAUAUCCUGACUCCCCACCCCGGACCCCAGGUGAACCGCAGCCAAAGCUCUGCAGGAAGCCUGGACAGCAGCACCCCGCCUCCCCCGCCAGGCCCUGCUCCAGCCCCUGUUCCUGCGCGCCCCCACUGGAACAGCUGCGACAGUCUCAACAACUUGGACCCCAACGAGAAGGAGAAGUUCAGUCAGAUGCUCAGUGUGAAUGAGGAGCUGCAGGCACGUCUGGCCCAGGGCCGCCCGUGUCCCAGCCGCGCCGCCCCGGGGCCCCGCGCCCCGGAGUCGGUGCUCAGCCCCAGCUCUGACAGCUUGGAGGUCCGCGCCUGGCUGCGGGCCAAGGGCUUCAGCUCGGGGACCGUGGAGGCGCUCGGGGUGCUGACCGGGGCGCAGCUUUUCUCGCUGCAGAAGGAAGAGCUGCGGGCGGUGAGCCCCGAGGAGGGGGCGCGGGUCUUCAGCCAGGUCACCGUGCAGCGGGCGUUGCGGGAGGACAAGAAGAAAGUGUCAGAGCUGGAAGCCGUGAUGGAGAAGCAGAAGAAGAAGGUGGAAGGCGAGACCAAGACGGGGGUCAUUUGAGUCCCCUGGCCCAUCCACAAAGAGUGAUGAGAGCAAGGGACCACGGACACCCACUCACCCCGCGGGGAGUGAACUCACAUCCCCGGAAGGACGCUGCCGGCCCCGCCCUGAGCCCGUGGGCCGCCCACUAGUGGAGAGCGGGCGGACAUUUCUGGACGCACCGAUAAGCUUCCCAGUCUAUAAACAGCCUCCUCUUA